AAUAAAUCAAACCCUACACCUCCCACUUCUUGCGCCUCUCCCUCUCCCCUCCCCGGCGCUCCCAAAACCCUACCGUCCUCCUCCUCCUCCUCCUCCUCCUAACGGGCCCCGGCGAAGCCGAAACCCUAGCUCGGCGCCGCCAUGAUCUGUGCGAUCUCCGGAGAAGUGCCGGAGGAACCGGUGCUAUCGAAGAAAUCCGGGCUUCUGUUCGAGCGCCGGCUGAUCGAGCGCUACAUUGCGGAUUAUGGGAAGUGCCCUGUUACAAAGGAGGAGCUCACGAUGGAUGAUAUCUUGCCCGUGAAGACGAACAAGGUGGUGAAGCCUAGACCCUUGCAGGCUGCAAGCAUCCCUGGGCUGCUUGGAAUGUUCCAAAAUGAGUGGGAUGCUUUGAUGCUCUCCAAUUUUGCUCUGGAACAGCAGUUGCAUACAGCAAGGCAAGAGCUAAGUCAUGCCCUAUACCAGCACGAUGCUGCAUGCCGUGUUAUAGCAAGACUAAAGAAGGAAAGGGAUGAGGCCAGAAUUCUCUUGGCUCAGGCUGAAAGACAGAUUCCGUCAUCUAUAGCAUCUGCUGCUAAUGCAAACAAUAUUGUCAGCAAUGGGAAAAGAGCUGCAGAAGAGGAGUUAGGCCCUGAUGGGAAGAGAAUUCGUCCAGGUAUAAAUCCUGCUAUGAUUGCAGAACUUACAGAGUGUAAUGCUAUGCUUUCAGGACAGCGGAAGAAGCGGCAGAUUUCACCAACAUUGGCACCCAUUGAUGCGCUGGAGAGAUACACACAAAUCUCUAGCCAUCCCCUUCACAAGACUAACAAGCCAGGCAUUGUAUCUGUCGAUAUCCAUCCUUCAAAGGAUAUAAUUGCAACUGGAGGGAUUGAUACAAAUGCAGUAGUUUUUGAUAGGUCAGCAGGUCAGAUCAUAUGUACACUCACUGGCCACUCAAAGAAGGUUACCAGUGUGAAAUUUGUACCUCGAGAUGAGCUUUUUAUUUCUGGAUCGGGAGAUAAGACUGUUCGUGUUUGGCAAGGGACUGAAGAUGGGAAUUAUAAUUGUCGACAUAUCUUGAAGGACCAUAGUGCAGAGGUACAAGCAGUCACAGUCCAUGCAACUCAUAAGUACUUUGUGACUGCUGCUUUGGACAACACUUGGUGUUUCUAUGAUCUUGCUACUGGAUCAUGCCUCUCUCAGGUGGGUGAAGCUUCGGGAGAAGAGGGCUACACUUCAGCUGCCUUUCACCCUGAUGGUCUAAUCCUUGGAACAGGAACUUCUGAAGCUCUUGUUAGAAUUUGGGAUGUAAAAUCUCAGUCAAAUGUUGCAAAAUUUGAUGGGCAUGUUGGAGCAGUCACUGCCUUGUCGUUUUCUGAAAAUGGCUAUUUCCUUGCGACUGCAGCUCUUGAUGGUGUUAAGCUGUGGGAUCUUCGGAAGCUGAGGAAUUUCAGAUCCUUUACUCCCUAUGACUCGGAUACUCCGACAAACUCUGUGGAAUUCGACUAUAGUGGAAACUAUCUUGCAAUUGCGGGUUCGGAUGCAAGGGUCUACCAAGUUGCCAGUGUAAAGAUGGAAUGGAAUCAGAUUAAGACACUCGCUGAUUUAUCAGGCACAGGAAAAGUGACAUGCGUUAAGUUUGGAGCGGAUGCAAAAUACAUGGCUGUUGGUUCUAUGGACCGUAAUCUCCGAAUCUUUGGGCUCCCAGGGGAUGGCCCAGAGGAACCCAGAUCACCAGAUCACUGAUUUCAAACUUACAGAGAAGCCAGAGUCAAGAUUCUUUGCGUUAUCACUUAAUCCUUUGCUGCUCAUGGGGACGCUGCACGCCCCUGGGCUCGAGAUCAGCAGUUAACCGUUGGAUGCCCCCCUUGUAUUUUAAGUGCAACCAAGAUCCUGGAUGGAAGCCCUGAAUAUGGCAUUUUAUUUUGAUGAUGUCCCGUAAAACAUGUUGUAUUCGUAGUUUUGAGUCACCGGUGAAAAAGCGCAUAAACUUAUUCUAUCUGUGAUUCUUGACAUUGUUGCU